AUGCCGGUCCUUCAUCGCUGGGAUGAGAACGAUGAUGUUGUCGUCAAGCGAUCUGUCUGGCGUCGCUAUGACGAAACUGAGAGUAGCAAUGGUUCGGAGGGUGACUCUUCUGAAGCUGAGUCAUCUUGCAGCCUCGAUGGUGAUGAUGAUGAUGAGUCUGACCCUUCAUUCGAGGAGGGUGGGAAUAAAGACAUGAGCUUCACUUUGCACCGACUGGAAUCCCUUCAUGGUUUGAAUGAUGAUGAUGAUGAUGAUGAUGAUGAUGAGAAAAAGUCUAGCUACACCAAGAAUGGUAUGAGCCGGAAGCGUAUCCGCCGUGUUAUCAACAACCCUGAAUGCCCCUGUGCCUGUAGUGUUCCAGUUGCGGUGCUAUACCGCAUCUGCUGCGCAUUCUGGUCAGUCAGCGAGACCUUGUGUGAAGCAAUCGAAUGCCAACGGGGCCCUGAGAAGUCCUACCUGGAGACAAGCGACAAGAGUCUUCGGGAUGAACUGCUUGAGAAACUUGUGGAACAAAAAUUGAUGGGACCAACCCGACAGAUUUGUGAGGGCAAUCCAGAUAAACUUCCGCCGAGAGAAUUGCCUCAUGGAAACCUUGCCAAUUUGUAUUUGAUGUUCGUUGCCUAUUGCAAAGUCAUGAAUGUGGAUGCUGCAUGCAAGUCAACGUUUUAUCAAGUCGGCAAAAAAUGGUUGUCAACCUGCCUGAAGUUCCACAAGAAGUCCGUUCAUGCUGUUUGCCAGACCUGCUCAAAGCUGAGGGAUUCCAUUAGGCAGGCGACUGACUUUGCAGAACAUGCCCGGCUUUGUGAUCUUCUUUUGGGUCACUAUACCCAACAAUGGAGGGAUCGGGAGGUUUACUGGUUGGCCAGGGAUCGAUCCCAGGCCCAAAAGGAUCUUCUAUGCAUCAUUGUCGAUUCCUACGACAAAGCAAAGGUAACACUUCCAAGGUACCCACCUGACUCUGACUUGCGUGAUCUGCCACGGAUUUGGCUGCUGGAUGUUCGCGACUGGGUUGGCAUGAUGCCGGGUGCAGUGGGUCUCAAAAAUGCUUACAGAGAUCGUGGAAAGAAAGCUGUUGAUGACAAAGUAGUACCCCACUCCUUCACCUUCAUGGCCCGGCAUUCCCUUCCACGCCAUGGUGCCGGUUUGCAGUUAAGCGAACGGGUGCCAUUGCGCCUGCAGCAGGAUGACAGGGACAACGACAUCUUUGCGCUUACCAAGGUGCACAUGAGUGAUGACAACUUGAGCCAGGACCCACUUAUGGUUCAUCCAGCAUCUUUGGUACAUGAAACUGAGCAUUACUGGAACAGAGUGAACUCUACGAGACUAAUUGCCCGGGCAGUUCUGGAAGAUGAGCGAGCCAAGGAAAUUGAGGAAUUGGCACGACAUAUUGAGAUGGAUUUUCCUUCCCUCCAUCGUUCUGUCGCUUUUUACAGAAAAAUGUUAAAUCCAGAUGGGUUGACUCCAUACCCAGAAAUCAAAUUUCUGAAGUGUCCCAGGGCAAACCAAAGGUGGUGCCAAGUGAAUCUUGGGGAACGCCCUCCGGCUCCAAAGGCCCACCAUUUGCAGGUGGUGUUUCGGAGGGGCUAG